ACUAAGGAGUAUUCACAAUAUGGUGUAAUAUGGCAGAUGGACUUUUUAUAUCCAUCAGAUGAGUCACAUAUCCUACUGGCAAUGAUAGUUUUCAGUGAAAUUUAUAAGCAAGCAAAUGUGAUUAUUUAUAAAUUUUGGGCAAAUGAUGAACCAGAGAAAAAUAUUUUAGCAUAUUCAAAGCUGCCAUUAUCAGAAGAUUCUCCCCUUCCUUUACAUCUUAUACCUCUUCCUAAUUAUCCUGAAUGCUUUUUAUUAAUAAAUGAGAAUGAUGUUUGUUUUCUUAAUGCUAACGAAGUAAUAGUUGGAAAUCUUGAUUUCUAUAAGGAGCGAUUGCCAAUAGCUGAUU